UAAGGAUGAAUGAAAACGGUCCAGCUGAUAUUCAGUCUGCAUCAAACCUUUAAAUGUCAUGUCAACAUCAUCUUGUGUGAUAAUGUCUGUGGACUGCCACUUGACGAGGAGACAAAGAAGGAAGAUAAGCAACAUGGCUGUCCUGACAGUUCCUAUAUUUCCGGAUGGGUGACGUCACCGACGCCAGGAGUCACGCGACGGGGAGUCUGCUAAGGGGGGUAGGGUGGACAGGCAAGGGGGAAAUGAUUCACGACCAGCGGGACAACUUUGUCGUGCCUAGAAUGUGAGUCGCCACCCAGACUCCUGCCAGUUCUGGGCAUUAAUGCAAAGUUACCUGUUGUCUAGCAAGCGAACACGCACGCACGCAGAUCCUUACAAAUGAAUUUCCAUCGCUACUUUUCUUGUUCAGAUGUAAGUACCAGUCAUGUAAAUUUUUCAUGGUUAUGACAAUAUUUAUUUACUGUGUGCUGCACUCGUCAACAAGAGUUAUGCGUUAAAGCAAGAGUUGUCGUUGUUGGGGUGGGGUGUGUUUGGGGGAAAGCGGGAGGAACACACAGAGGGAAGAAAACUUCACUGUCUCAGACAGGCGGGAAUCGAACACUGGUUCUGCGCGGUAAUUAGGCUACUCUACACCGACUGGUAAGAUAUUCAGUGUCUGAGCGUUAGUCCUGAUAAACGCGUGCUCAGGAUGACUAACAAUGAGACGCCUGCACCCUAACAUUACCUCUAAUACUCCACGGCAACCCCAUCCUCCACAGUGGAUCUCCAUAGGACUGGUGCGAGGCAGGGCAAAGAUUACCAACAGACAUGCUUUGGCUUCAUUGCACUUGGAAUUUUGAGCUCAGAGGUUUGUAACUUGUGUCGAAAGUUGUUGCUUCUCUCCUCGACUGUCAUCAGGACUGCGAGUGCUUGAACUUCGUGCUGUCCACGAGUCGUCAGGACACAUUUUUGUCUCCUUCUGGCAGUCGUUGUUGCCCAGUACAAGUUCCAUGUUGUAGCCAAAGCUGGCUAGUUUGACGAAGAUUGGAGCUUCUUAGUUUUUCUACUAAGUUUUUAAGUUAAAAAAAAUUCUGCCAAGUUUACGGACUGCUUUCGUAACUCAAUGGCCCUAAGGUCAGAAGAUUGUGUUUUGUAUGUCAUGUAGUUGCAGUCUACAUUGUUAGAUGGUAACAGUAACAUUCAGCUGUCACUCACAGCUCUCCGCGAGAGAAGAAGGGAGGAAGGUAACGGUGAAGCGUGACCCAGUUAGCACACAUCGCUGUUGUUUGUAGGUCAGGACAGACUUAUAUAAGGUUCCUGCGAGUGUCAUUCGCUCAGACCGAGACUGCACGCUUGUUGUUCUGUCCUUCGUCGACACCAACAAAGGUACAAACACAGAAGCCCGUGAAAAUGGUGGUCGGCUUUGAGAGCAGCAUCUGGAAUGUCUCCAGAGAAGUCAAGGUGACAGCGGCAGUGUUUGCUGUAACACUAGUUGCUGUGAAGUUAAUGAGCUCAUUAAGCAAGGGACGCUACAAGCUGCCGCCUGGCCCCAGGAACUUUCCCCUAGUGGGUUACCUCCCGUUCCUUGGGAAGCACCCCACAGUUGUCUUUUCUUCUCUGAGGAAAAUUUAUGGAGAUGUGUUCAGCAUCCAAAUGGGCAGCUUCCCGGCCAUCGUACUCAACGGGAUGGACGCCAUCAAAGAAGCUCUUGUAACCAAGGGAGACGACUUUUCCGCCAGACCACCGUUCACCACCGCCAGACUCCUGAAUGAGGGCAGGAAUUUUGGAUUUGCGGCCUUCGGACCCAUCUGGAAAGCUCACCGCAAAAUUGUUAGCAAUGUCAUGUAUGCCUUUAGUAACGCCAGAAAUAACCCCAUUGAGGACAUCAUUGUGUCGGAGGCCAUCACUGUUGUUGAGGAGUUUGCUGCCCACGGAAACAAACCUUUUCAGCCUUCCGACGCUAUCACCAUGGCAGCGUCUAGUUUGAUCUACCAGCUUUGUUAUGGACGAAACAAAAACAUUCGAGAAGAUCCAGACUUCGCUAGUACUCUGAAAAAUGGCCAGAAAUUUAGAGAAUUCACCAGCACAGGGAAUCCUGUGGACGUGAUGCCGUGGCUCCGGUUCAUCAUGCCAUGGAAGGUCAGCACCUUUCUAGAAAUCACAGGCGCGGCAGGUGUCAAGAGAACAAAGAAGGUGGAAGAGCACAAGAAAACAUUCGAUGAGGAGCAUCUUCGGGACAUCACUGAUGGACUGAUCCAUGCAGCCAAUCAUCUGUCAGAUGAGGACAAAGCUGUGGGGCUGGACAGUACGCGAGUCAUUGAAAGCAUUGAUACAAUUUUUGGAGCCGGUGGCAGCACAAUUGCUUCAUUUCUUGAUUGGAGUGUUCUGCUCAUGGCGGCUUUCCCCGAAAUCCAGGAGAAAGUAUUCCAAGAGAUAGAGGACGUUGUCGGUCAAUCCCGCUACCCGUCUCUCGCUGACCGUUCCCGUCUACCCAUGGUUGAGGCCACCAUCUAUGAAAUUUUUCGAUUUAGCUGUCCAGUUCCGUUAGCUUUGCCUCACGCCACAACUUGCGACACGACUGUACAAGGCUACGAUGUUCCUGAAGGAACCGUGGUUCUGGUCAACCUCUAUUCCGUUUUCCAUGAUCAGAAAACAUGGGGAGACCCCGAGAAGUUCCGACCAGAGCGUUUCCUGUUGGACAACGGUCAGCUGGACAAGGCCAAGACCGAGCAAGUCAUCGCCUUCUCUCUGGGUAGACGACGAUGUGUCGGCGAGUAUCUGGCACGGAUGGAGGUCUUCCUGGCCUUCACCACCCUCAUCCAACGCUGUCGACUGUACAAGCCACCCGGGGUACCCGAGUACACACUGGGGAGAGUCUUCAGACUUGGUUGUGACCCAGAACCGUACGAAGUGUGCGCUGCUCGAAGAGAGUAACUUGAAUAAUGUUCUUUGUUAAUGGGUACCGUUCUCUUUACAAUGUUCUCAGAUGUUGUGGCUGACUUAAGUGGAAAUAUAUAAGAUGUAAGAGUGGCUGAACAGAAACACCAUAAACCAGAAUUGGGAUCACCAUCAUCAUCGAGAAUAGCAUUAUUUACUUUCUUUUAACUUAAAGCUUGUUUUAUAAAUCAUGUAUGAAAGUUAAAUAGUGUGUGGCUCCCUUGUUGUCGUGUAAGGCGUAUGCCAUUAAAACGUGCCCAGUGUUAUAAUUCACUGAAAAAAAUAUAUCAAAUAGUUUGAAAGUACAUAAAUAGUCUUUAUGAAGUGUUAUAAUGGUUGAUGUGGGUAGAAGACAAUUUUACUUUGUUUACGUAUGUGUAGUCGAAAUUUUUAUUUUACAGCACGUGUUCAUGUAAACACUAAUUUUAUACCACAGGGUUACUCUAGACUUAUUAUACAGCAGAUGUAUCUCGUAGGAGUGUAUACAGCGUACACACACACACAUAUAUAUAUUGAAAUAAACAUGUAUUAAAAUAUUUGUCUAACAUCA